UCACGUGUUUGGGGGGAGCGGGGGAUAGUAUGAUGCUUUCCAUCGGCUCGAAACUAACCGGCUGGCUGUAUGAGGGGGUGAUUUGUAGUUUACAGCCUGCGAGAUAUUCUGUAUUUGAAAUGGAUACUUCACUUUACAACCACUAUGAGGAGAAGGUGCGCCCAUGCAUUGACCUAAUCGAUUCUCUUAGAGCACUGGGUGUAGAGAAGGACUUAGCUUUGCCAGCUAUUGCGGUCAUUGGAGACCAGAGUUCCGGGAAGAGUUCUGUUUUAGAAGCUUUGUCAGGAGUAGGACUGCCCAGAGGGAGUGGUAAGUUGAUGAGGUGCCCGAUUGUCCACCUCUGGAGGCAGUUGGGGGAUGAUUACUUCAAGGGCCUGUUAUCAUACAAAGACAUAGCAACUGAAGUUUCUGAAGCUCUUGAAGUUGAAACCAAUGUCCGCAAAUCCCAGAAUGCUAUGGCUGGGAGCGGAAAAGGAAUCAGUGAUAAGCUGAUCAGCCUUGAAAUUGAGUCAGAUAAUGUUCCUGAUCUGACAUUGAUAGAUCUCCCAGGAAUAGCUCGAGUGGCUGUACAAGGACAACCAUAUGAUAUUGGAGAACAGAUCAAGAAGCUUAUUAGGAAGUUCAUUGAGAAAGAAGAGACAAUCAAUUUGGUGGUAGUUCCAUGCAAUGUUGACAUAGCAACCACUGAGGCCCUAAAAAUGGCACAGGAUGUGGAUCAGUCUGGAGAAAGAACUUUAGGUAUCCUAACAAAGCCAGAUCUUGUGGACAAAGGCGCAGAACAGAAUAUAGUAGAUGUUGUUAACAACAUGGUUAUUCAUCUUAAAAAAGGCUACAUGAUCGUAAAAUGCCGUGGACAACAGGAUAUCAAUGAGAAUCUAACUCUAGCUGAAGCAACAGAUAAAGAACUCUCCUUCUUUGAAAACCACUCACAUUUCAGCCAGUUUUUGGAAGAUAGGAAAGCUACUACAGGAUGCCUGGCAGAAAGGCUUACAACAGAACUUGUUGAACAUAUUAAUAAAACACUUACAAUGUUAGAAGAGCAGAUCGAAACAAAACUUGAACAGACAAAAAAGAAGCUGGAAAGAUACGGUGAAGGUGUCCCUGUGGAAGAACUUGAGAGAACAGCAUUCUUUGUCAGUAAACUGACUUCCUUUACUCAAGACAUUGCAAAUGCUACAAGAGGAGAAGAUACAGAAAGUGAAACUAAAGAAAAACUAUUUUCAGUUGUGCGGGAAGAGUUUCAAAAGUGGAAGAAUAGUCUGGAUACAUCAACAACUGCCUUUCAAAAGAAAAUGCGAAAAGAAGUAAUGGUGUAUGACUCUGUAUACCGUGGACGAGAAUUGCCUGGUUUCAUUAACUACAAGACAUUUGAGAGUAUUGUAAAAGACCAGAUAAAACAUUUAGAGACUCCAGCGAUUUCCACACUGAAAAAUGUUAGCGAGAUUGUACGAAAAUCAUUCAUCGAAAUUGCAAAGAACAGCUUCAUUGGUUUUCCUCACUUGCUCAGGACUGCAAAGACCAAAAUUGAAGAGCUAAAGCGGCAACAGGAAGAACAUGCCGAGGCAGUGAUACAAACACAAUUCAAAAUGGAGCAGAUAAUAUAUGCUCAAGAUGGCAUUUAUUCCAAAAGUCUGAGUGAAACCAAGGAACAGAACACUGAUGGCAAUAAAGAGCCCAACAGUAAAAAGAACUCUGGAUUUCCUUUUUUAGUUUCUGAUACGGUUUAUGCGUUUGGCACGAGCAGCAAUGCCAGUGUGCAAGAAAUGUCAACUCAUAUACGAUCCUACUAUACAAUUGCAGGUCAGAGGUUAGCUGACCAGAUUCCUAUGAUCAUACUUCAUUUCGUUCUCAGAGAAUUUGCAUAUAACCUGCACUUGUCAAUGCUGCAACUUCUACAAGACAGGGAGAGGAUGAGCGAAUAUCUGAAGGAAGAAACGAACAUUGCUCGUGAGAGAAAAGAACUAAGAGAUCGAGUGCAACGGCUCACACAAGCACGUCAUCGUCUGGCUAACUUUUGCUGACAUAAGGAUAUAGCUUUCAGCUAAGAUGUCUAAGCUGCUGAGAGAGCAAAUGUUAAAAUGUUAGUUUAAGUUUUGGAGUACUGUUACCAAAUUUUUUGGAUUACUCUCUGUAUUUCAUUGCAUAAAAAAUGUUUAGCCUAAAUCUGUUGUUAGGUAAUCCGUAUGUAGGGAAGGGUUGCAGGUGUCAUUGCCCCUUAUUAAAAGUAUCCAUUUAAAUGUUUGCGUAUUUCAUCACAAUGCUUAGCAAUAUUAAAUCUCUCCUUGUAUUUAAAAA